GAUUUUGUGGCUAUAAGUUCAAGCUUCUAAACCUUCGGUAGCAUAUUCCAUCUUCGUGCUGAACUCGUUGCUGCAGGCAGUAUCAGACCUUGCCUUGGGCGCUCUGGAAGACUGGAACUGUGAGCACCGGAUGAGAUGAGUGUUCGCGGCUGUUUGAACCGGAAGGCAGAUCUUUGCAGACAGGCAGGGGAAAUCUUUUUCUUGUAACGGCAGAGAGGAAUUGAAUUUGAGCCUGUCCUGGAACACUUAUCUUAGACUGAAGAGCAAGCUCCAGAACGUUCACUUGUUUGCGUCGUCAACUGUCAGUAUUCAAUCGCUUGUUACGGCGACGUACUUGUUGCGUACGGCAGCCGCGCAGUCUCGAUUCGGUGCAGGCGCUCGUGCCCGGCCCAAAUCGGCUAAUCCUAUGCAGCUGUUCAUCGAUACUAGUAUGCUAGUUGCCUAACCUGAUGUUCAGACUUCGAAAGCAUACUCCAUCAUCACGCCGAAUCCCUUGAGGCACCGCAGCCAGCGUCGGUCAAGACCUUCUUGGAUGUUCACGCUCCGCUCGGUUGAAAUGCGAGCGCCGAAUGGGAUCGGGUGUCGGGAACGGAGCCGGAAGCGAUCGAGAGCAAGAAGAACACCGCUUCGUUUUGGGAAAACCUUGGAAGAAGCUUCUGCUGCUGAAAGAUUUUGAGCUGAACCCCUGAACCAAACUGAAACUUGACCCGAACCCUCGCUCCCUUUCCUGCUGCUUGUCCAUUUCUUCCCUCUCCAGAGCUGCAAUUCUGCCACAGAUGUACCCGUUUCUGUACAUACCCCGUACCGUCGUCACGACAAACCUCUGGAAAAACACUCGCUCUGGGGAAAAAGGAGCAGGUUCUGAAUGGUUGGCGGUGAAGUUAAGUUGGCCGACCAGGGUCAGGGUCUUGAUCCAGGUGGGCAGGUGAUCUAAGCUGUAGUAGCGGACAGCACACCGGUCAGUGAGUCAUGGCCGUGUGGGCCGGGGCCCCGUUCGUUUCUGAAUCUCUCUGAAACGGCCACACGAUUUCGUGCCCUGAAACCCGCGAUUACGGCAACGAUUAGAAAUUAAUACAGGUGUUGAUUUUACAAGCGAAGCUGCCUGCUCUGCUUCGUCACUCCGUCCACCCCAUCCCAGCAUCAGAGAUUCCCCGAGGGCGAGGGCAUCCUCAUCUGAACAUCUGAUCCGCUCGAAACGGAGAAGCCAGGAAAGGAAGGUGUCACGAGAUCAGUGCAUCCAGGGCUUCCUACUAAGCGCAUCCGCAACCCUGAUUUGAGCAGUCCUGAUGGAGCAUUUCAGGAGAGGGGUGGAGCUUGGGAUGGCCUCCUUCCAGAGAUGCCAUCCGCUGUCAUGUCAAAUGGCAGAGAGCGCACCAUUCGAUGCGCAGAAGGCGGCUAUCCGCUGUAAAGAGAAGUCACGGCGUUCUAAGUGCUGCCACCCCGAAGAGCUGCCGGUCAUCCCUGAGCAGGCCAUGGAGUACCUCUCUCGUACAUGGAGCCCCUCCUCCUCGGAUCUCUUCCAAAUACUCUCCCCCAGUAGCCUAGGAUCGUCCCCGGAGGACUCUGGUCGAGAUGAAGCAGGAGACAGAGGUGAGGACGAAGAGAAGCAUGUUGACACGAUUCAUUCCGAUGGAGGAACAAGCCAAUUGUUCAAUCAGACUUGGAGAGUUGUAGCCAGUGGCAAGCCUAGCUCCAGACAGCGCCGGCACAAGCUAGUCCAGCCUGCCUGGGUAAGCAAGGACAGAGCACAAGAUACUCAUAAAAUUCUCAACGUUGGGAACAUGAAGGCGAUGCUGCGAGGGUUCCUGCUGGACAGCGUGCCGGUCACCGGAAGCCGGCGGAGGAGGCGGAGGGACGAGCUCCGGCUGCACUCGGCGCAGGCGCACGCGGCCGUUUCGGUGGCGCAGCUCGCCGCGGCGGUGGCAGGCAUCGUGUCCGUGUGCGAACUGAGGCCGGCCGCGACGGCCAGCGCCAGCGACAAGAGGCUGGACACGGUGCUCGCGUCCGCCGCGGCGCUAGUUGCCACCGUGUGCGCGGAGGCCGCGGAGACCGCCGGCGCCAACCGCGGCCGCGUCACGUCCGCCGUGAGGACCGGCCUCGAGAGCCGCUCGUCCGCGGAGCUACUCACCCUCACGGCCACCGCUGCCACAUGUCUGAGGGGAGCUGCAGCGCUGAAGCAGAGGGUCGCCGACCUCAGGGGAAUUAGCAGCGGCAGCAACGCCACGGCCAUGAGCAUCAGCGCUGGCAUCCAGAAGGGCACGACCCUCAGAGUCUGCCUGCCUUGUGGGAGGGUGCGGGUGAGGACGGUGUCCGUCUUCCCUCAGCGCGGCGGCGGCGGUAGCGCGGUGGCGCUGAGGCUGGGGAAGAAGCGCCUCCACGGCGCGUUCGCCACCUACAAGGACUAUGUGGUCGCGGCGGUCCGGGAGGGCGGCGGCGAGGCGGUGGUGGAGGGGCGGCCGGCGUUCCCCGUGGCGCUGGUCACGGAGGAGGAGGGGGCGACGGUGCAGCUGCUGUUCGAGCACCAGACGCCCUGCAAGGUCUGGAAGGCCGCCAUCGAGGGGAUGCUGGCCGAGCAGAAGCUCAAGCGCGGGAGCUACUGAACUGAUCGGGGACGGGGACUGUUUCUGUUUGGGCGCACGUACAAUCCAGCACGCAUCUGUACUUGCUGUGCCGAUCUUCCUACACUUCUACUUUGAUCGAGUAGAUUUUUUGGAGAGGAAAAUUCUCGUUCUUUCUCUAUGUGUAGUCAUGCGUGCCUUGCGUCUUGUAUCUGUAUGUAUGUAUGGGGGUGAAUCGAAGUUCAUAAAAGGGUGAAGAAUCUGAUGUAGAAUCUAUUAUAUUAUAAUAUGAAAUAAUCAUUGUAGCUGAGAGAGAAUAUUAUAAAA